UAACGCAGCCACUUAUACGGUGCACAGGCACGUAAGCAAUAUCAGAGCUCUAACAGUCGGUCGCUCAUCUCUGGAAGAGUACAUAAGUAAUUGGACGGGCAGAGUCAAAUCAUCCGGCGCGGCCACACACGAGAUUCAGAAGGGACAGUUGGAGCAUUUUGACGCAAGACGCGCAGGCACAGCAGCGCACACACAACACUUGGACCUGACAGUUCACCUAUUAAUCCGCAAACUACCUGCAGUCUAACAUGGAGCGCAAAAUCCCUAAUUUUGCCGGCACAUGGGAGAUGAAGAGUUCUGAAAACUUCGAGGAUCUCUUGAAAAAGUUGGGUGUGAAUGUAAUGCUGCGUAUGAUUGCGGUGAAGGCAGCCUCCAAGCCACUGGUGGAGAUUACGCAGGAUGGAGAAACGCUGUCCAUUAAAACCUCAACCACAGUCCGCACCACCCACAUCACUUUCACUGUGGGCCAGGAGUUCAAUGAGGCCACGGUGGACGGACGUCCCUGCACGAGUUUUCCACGUUGGGAAUCUGAUAGUAAGAUCAGCUGUGAGCAGACUCUGCAGAAAGGAGAAGGGCCGAAGACGUCCUGGACCCGAGAGAUUACCAACGAUGGCAAACUGAUCCUGACCAUGGGAGCAGAUGACGUGAUAUGCACCAGAGUCUACGAGCGACAAUAAACAAGAGCACUUCUCACUUUUCGUCCUUCCAGCUCCCCGUGUCCUGCAUCACCACUUGCGUCUCUACUCCCCCUUUGUUAUGGCAGCCUGUCUAUAGUUUUAUUCCAGUAUCUCUUCAUUAUGUAAUACAUGUGGUAACUGUAUCUAGUAUGUCACAUAUCUACACGAUGGUCUUAGCUCCUGAGUUAUCCCCCCUGUCUCUCCAGCUCUAUCAAACGUGACCAGCUGGGUUUUAAACAUGAAAAUGUAUGUUGGAUUUGUUGAUUGACAGCUCAUUUAUUUGGCUUUGUGUUUGUGUGUGUGUGUGUGUGUGUGUGUGUGUGUGUGUGUGUGUGUGUGUGUGUGUGUGUGUGUUUGUGAGAUAGAGAGUUUGUGUGACAGCAGAAUAGGUGUAUUCUGUAGAGACUAUAUCUGUAGAUGUGUAAACCAAUCUUUGAGCUCUUCCAGUUUUAGGUCAGUUUUGAUGUGCCCCUCCUGACUGUUCCUUUAGCCUUGCCCAACAAUUUUAACCUUUUUCUAUCUUAUGACGACGUUUUAUAUUUAUUACUACACUAGGAGUCUGUUACAGUACUGCUAAAGUUUUUACUUUGCGUCUCUUUUAUAUGAAAUGUGAUCGUAGGAAACAACACUUUCUAUGGGAAACCAAUAAAGCACGACACAAACUCAGGCUGA